AUGGUCGUGAAGAAGUCCAUGGACGAUUAUUGAGUGUCAAAACAAUGGGGGAUUUCGUCGUAAUAUCCUCGAGUGUGGUCCGGCCAAAGAACAGAAACCAGACUAAAAGAGAAAAGAUACAUCUAACUCCAUGGGAUCUCUCACUUCUUAACGCCGAUUACGCUCAGAGAGGUCUUCUCUUCCUUAAACCCAACGACUCUGUGCCUGAAUCCGACAUCGUCUCCUCCCUCAGAUCUUCCCUCUCUCUCGCCUUAUCCGCUUUCUUCCCUUUCUCCGGCCGUCUCCUCAGGUCGGAGAAUCACGACGACAACACCGUUUCGUUUCUCAUCGACUGCGACUUUUCCGGCGCCAAGUUCGUUCACGCUGCUGCGAAAACCGUGUCGGUGAGUGACCUUAUUCCUAGUACUGGUUUCGUUCCGUCGUUUUUCUUCCCCGCGAAUGGAACCAAGAACUGCGACGGUGUCUCGGAACGGUUGCUUGCUGUCCAAGUAACCGAGUUGAAGGAUGGUGUGUUCUUAGGUUUUGGGUAUAACCACUUGGUCGCCGACGGUACAUCGUUUUGGCAGUUCUUCAAGACUUGGUCGGAGAUUUGCUCGAAAGGGUCGGACUCCGAUCUCGCUAUAAAUCCUCCGGUUCUUCGUCUCAAAGGAUGGUUCCCCGACGGCAUCGAUUACCCGAUUCGGAUUCCUCUUUCGGAGACACAAGUUCCCACUUGCGAAGAGGGUUCGGUUUCAUCCUUAGAAACUAUACAAGAAAAGAUAUUUCGCUUCACAAAGACGAAUAUUUCCAAUCUCAAAGCAAAAGCCAACGAAGAGAUCGGAUCCGAGUACCCGAAAAUCUCGUCUCUCCAAGCAAUUGUGGGGCAUAUUUGGCAUUCAAUCAUCAAACACGGUGACCUGAACAAUGAAGAGCACACACAUUGCAGAGUAGCCGUGGACAUGAGGAGCAGGUUGAACCCUCCUCUUGAACCAGAGUGUUUUGGGAAUGUGGUCUUGAUCGGUGUAGCGACGAGCACGGUGGGAGAUUUGUUAGUUAAUGGGUUCGGUUGGGCUGCUUUGCAAGUCAACAAAAUGGUGGGGUCACAAACGGGAGAAAAUCUCAGAGCUUUCGCUGAGAGUUGGGUGAAAAAUGUUAAGAUUCCAAAGUUAGUGGUCGGAAGUAAAAGUUCCAGGAAUUCUUUGCUCGUCGCAAGCUCUCCCCGGUUCGAUGUGUACGGAUACGAUUUCGGUUGGGGUAAACCGGUCGCGAUUCGAUCUGGACCGGGAAAUAUUUCAAGCGGCAAGCUCGUAAUGUAUCGCGGGACUGAGGAGGGGAGUAUCGAUGUUCAUGCGUGGCUGUCGUCUGAUUUAUUGACGAAUCUCCUCAAUGACGUCGAUUUCAUGCAUGGCAAAUGGUAAAUCUAUUGCAGAACUCAAGGGAUCCGACCAGAGUCGUGAUCAGGCACUGUCUGGUCUGAAAGACGGAGACAUGA